AAGAGUCCUUGGGGCCAGGGGUUGGGGACGGCUCCCUCGGGCUCACUGGAUUGUUCUGCUACUCUUUGCUCUCUUUCUGAGUGACUCCCUUUACCCUAAGAGUGGAGUGGGCUCCUUUCUGGCCCUAGGAGAUCUGAAAGCUACACCAGCCCCUGCGCGCUCCACGCAGGCCCCAGCGAUAAUUAACCAGUAGUCGCUCCUGGCCGCUCAGGCCCCUGUAGCAUCUCCCACGCCCAGGACCCUGUCGCGGGGGAAAGGCUCCUGGCAGGUCACAGACGAAGAGCAGAGUGAUCUAGGGGAACCUUCCAGGAGCCAUCCCAGAUCCUAGGAGGGUCUGCUGAGAUGCCCAUCAUGGUAGAUGACAUCAUGAAGCUCCUGUGCUCCAUUUCCCAGGAGAGGAAGAUGAAGGCGGCCGUCAAGCACUCUGGAAGGGGUGCCGUGGUUGUGGGGGCGAUGGCCUUCGUCGGUGGCUUGGUUGGUGGCCCACCAGGAUUAGCUGUUGGGGGAACUGUUGGGGGCCUGUUAGGAGCCUGGAUGACGAGUGGACAGUUUAAGCCUGUUCCUCAGAUCCUAAUGGAGCUGCCUCCUGCUGAACAGCAGAAACUUGUUAAUGAAGCCGCCGCCAUCAUCAGGAACUUGGACUGGACAGACGCUGUGCAGCUGACCGCCCUGGUCAUGAGUAACCAGGCCAUGCAGCAGAAGCUCUUGGCCAUGCUAACAACCUAUGUCACCAAGGAGCUGCAGGCUGAGAUCCGCUACGACGACUAGGUCGCUCCCCCUGGGGAGUGGGGCUUUCAUUUUAGAUGAUUCUGUGGCUCUCUGAAGGUGUCCAGGGAAUGGGGGACGCCUGACAGGUACUUCUGGGAAACUUGUAUAAUACCAGCAUUGAUUGUAAGCUGCUGUGCUAGUACUUCCUGUUGGAUGGUUGUGCUGGAGAAGCCUUGGCCAUGCGUCUUGGGCUGUGUGUGCUAUGGAGUGACCUGAGGUGUAAGAUGCCUGCUGUAGGCAUUCACAAACAGUUCGGAGUCCUCCUAAUCAUGUGGGUCUAAAAGAAGUUGUCAUGUUGUUGGCUGGCCGACUGUAGCAGAUGCUUGUCUUUCUGGGAAGAGCGUACCCCCAGGCACCUGUCACGGCAUUGGAUGCCCUUAGGCUCUGGGGUCUUGGGGUUCAGAGCCAGCUCUUGUCUGCACUGGGUUUACCAGCUGAGUGUUUCCCUUCCUUGGCCAGGGACUUCCCAGUGGCCUCAUGAUGACAACGGUCCCUCCUUUGAAUGAAGCCACAGAUGUCAGGCAGUCUCUCUGUUCAGCUCUGUUUCCUGGGCUAGCCUUGACGUUCUGGGCUCACAUGAUCCUGCUCCAUAGCCCAACUGGUAUCACCAUACCUAACUUGACCUCAGAGACUGUUCUCCACUCCACUUUUCCUAAGACCUCCCUGCUCUCCUCUAUGCUGGCUGCAAUCUGCAGUUCAUCUGUGUGAAAAGACAAAAUUACCAGUGAAUCUGAGUUCAAAGAUCCUAACUAAGCUGGGCGCUGUGACGCAUCCCCAUUCCCACAGUCCCAGGUAACAGCCGAGAGGGAACAUCCUUGGGCCCAGGAAUUCAAGGCCAGCCGGACAUCUCGGAAGCUGGGAGAUAGGGAAGACACGCGCACUCUCUUAGUUGGCUUUUAUCUGCAGUCACAGAAUCAAGAGGCAGUGAGUGAUCUGAUGAGAUGGAAAGAGAGGGUAGGUGGGGUUAGGGUGGAGGGGAUGGGAGGGAUAGUGGAGGUGGGGGGCGGGGGUACGACCAAGGGAAAGCAGAAACAACAAGAGCACUAGGUUAACCUCCCAUGACACUGGUUGUUUGUGGAUCGGGCUAGCCUGUCCUCCAUUUCCCUAAGUGACAGUUGUUCAAAUCUGACAAGUAGCUUGUUUUUGUUUGUUUUCCUUGUGGUGUUGUGGAUGGAGCCCAGGGCCUUGUGAGAGCUAAGUGCCACCCUGAGUCCUGCUCCCAGUCUUCCUAUCUUGGUAGAUCCUAGGCAAGUCUCUGAGUGAUCUGGGAAUCUGCUGAUUACCGGCGAGCCUGGGCCCCAGCCCUUGACUGACUCAACUUUGGUCUGGUCGGUUGGUCCUAGUGCUGGAGCUCCACCAGUAACGUCACAGCAUCCAUUUGAUUACGUAUUUGAUUCUUCCUUUUUCUCCCUCGUUGGAGAGGCUCACUCCUGGAAGGCAGGAGCUUGUGUCUUGGUCACCCUUUCCAUCUCCAGCUUGCUCCUGCCGGGCACCGUGGCUUUGAUGCAGUAGACACUCAAUAAAUAUAUAUUCUUAAA